GCACCCAAAAGUUUCAUACGAAAAGACUAACUACUACUACAUACAUUAGCAAGAGAGAAAAAAUGGCUUAUAGGGUUUCUAUCUUUCUCUUCUUCGCUUCUCUGACGUUUCUCUCCGUUGCUUUUGCCGAGGAAAGAGCCCCCCACGGCCUUGCCAAAGAAAACCCGACGGCGUUUUCACCUUCAGCAUACAAUUUUUUCCAUCCAACGUCCCAAAACCCCAAUGCCAAAGACCCAUGUGUUGAAUCCAAUUGCUCACCAUUGCCUGUGGCAGCUCAAGUACGAUCAACAGAAGCACACGAGAGCAGAUUCUCUACAUCACAGAAUGGGCGAGCGAGAUUCGGAGCUGGUGGGGUUGCUGGCAUUAUGUUCGGUUUAGCAUUUGCAGUCUUUAUGGCAAUGGGCGUUUACUAUGUGCUUGUCACACGCAGAGCAAAUAUGAGUCGAACCAACACGGUAAAACCCGAUGUAUGAAGUUCUCUUCUCACUGCAUGAAGCUUCAUGGCACGACCAAGCUAUCUACAACCCUAAUUGGAUCUCUCUAUGAUCUAUCCUUCAUUUCAUUGUACUAAAACCAGAUUAUGUAGUGUGUAUCUAUAAUUAAUUAGUGAUCAGUGCACGGUAUCUGCGAGUUAAACAUAUUACUUAAUGGCAAUUAAGUUUGUUCACCUU